AUGGCCAGCUCACAGGACCACUUCUUCAAGCUCUUAGAGUACUGGUCCAUUGACAACCUCGACGCUCUCUCGAGGGACUACGGAGGCCACUCGGAGUCCGAAGAUGCUAAACGCCUGCGUCUGAAGAACUAUCCGGGAGCCCGAUCCUAUCUCAGAUUUCUGCGGGAUUCGUCUGACGACUACGACGAUGGCCCUAGUUGCACUGGCGCUGAGGAAGAUUCGGAGCUUUGCCGCGGAUGCACCAGCCGGUUGAACGAGGUAUCGAAGAUCGAGUAUUUUCGAGUCGGUCUCGAAGAUUCACUCCUACGUGGUGACGCAGACGACGCAAACGAUGUCAACAAUGAGUGCGCGAAUCUUCGCCCGAACGAUGUUUCCCUGUGGGCCAAGGAACCCAACUUCUACCGAGCACUUGCUGCCGAUGGAAUGGGCUUCUUGUCUCAGGUCGCUCAUGUGUGCAUGUACGCCGCCGAGAAUCAUCGCAAAGACUGGAGUGAGAAGUCUGCUAUUGGGCAUACACAUAUUGCCAGUGCUGUUGCGGCACUUGCAAUGGCUCUGGCAGAGUGCUCACGCCCAUGCUACAGGAAGACUCAUUUUCAAAACCGCCUUGAUAAUGCCGAGGAUGGGGAGGACGAGGAGGACGCGGAUGAGCAAGUUAAACUUCUGGAUCAGGUUUGGGACUUGCUCUAUUGGAUGGUGUCGGUCCAGUACAACUUCUCAGUUGGACCAGACAAGUUCGGUCGUUGGGUAUCGGAUUCGAUGUCCAACAGCGCUGGCGACGGACUCGAGAGGCCUAAGAAAGCAUUCGACCAGCUGGACAACACCAGAUUCUGCAAGUUCCGAGUGUGGAACUUCCUCGAAGCCUGCGACCGAAAGGAUGCGGAUCUGCCGACCAUUAUGAAUUUCUUGGGGGCGAUGGAGAGUCUUGUUGAUGAUCAAGAAGAGGAAGCCCACAAGAACUGCACGCCAAAGUUCUGCCAGCAGGCGAUCAUCGACAGUACGAAGAAAGAGCAAAUGCAUGCGCCCGUGGGACAUCAUGAUUGCUCCAAAUUGGAGUUCGACAUGGACGAAAUCGACAAGGCCAUCGACGAAGGUCAUUCCACGGCUUGGCUUUGCGGCGAGGAAAACAUAUCUGGCAGCAAAGUUCAGCUUGCUCAUCCGGACGAUGACUACGUCGCGAUCUCCCACGUUUGGUCGGACGGGACAGGCGUGGGUGUCUCGUCAAAGAAGGAGGAGGACUCAGACUCAAGCGCUCGCAUGGUCAACUCCUGUCUCUGGGAAUUCUGGGAAGACAAGGUCAACAAAGUCUGGGAAGGCGAGGACCGGAAAGCCAUCUGGUGGGACGCUGUAUCUGUGCCGGAAGGUGAGAAGCAGUAUGCCAAGGCUCUCGAAUCCCUACACAAGAACUACGCCAAUGCGAAAUGCACUAUCGUACACGACAAGGAGCUCACUCGUACCGAGUUCAAGAACGACGGUAGCCCGUGCGUUGCGCUGGUAUUGUCGAACUGGUUCUCCCGCGGUUGGACUGCGUUGGAGCUGCAGAUGUCCAAGCAGGUCAAGGUGCUGUUCAGAAAGGAUGGCGAGAUCGUCCCGUAUGAUCUUGACAAGGAUAUCUUGGAGUUCUCCCCGUCCACGACAAGCCCCGCCCAUUGGCUGGCUACGAGCUGGAUCAAGCGCUUGCGAGAGCCUGUCAACGAUAUUGGCGACAUCAUUCACACGCUCAACUCACGAUCUACUUCCCGUCCGCGCGACAAGACGAAAAUUGCUGCACUUCUGGCUGAUGUUCCACACUGCAACUUUUCAGGGCAGGAGGGCGAAAUCACACGGGACAUCCUGAAAUAUCUUGGGAAGGUUCCUUCGCUCUGCUUGUUCCAUGGCGAAGCCACCAUGAAAAACAGUGGCCCAUGGUCGUGGUGCCCAUCAACCAUUUUCAACAUGCCAGCAGCAACACCCAUCGACGUUGAGAGCCGCACUAUGUCUGAUUUCCUCUCACUACUGGAUGUCACAGAAGAUGGCGCGAUAUCCGGUCAGUGGCGUUGUCGGGAGCUGAAGAAGGAUGACGACAAGGCAGUCCACCUGUUUGGCAGAGAUCCUUCGUCGCGUGUCAAAGUCCGUCUCGCGCUCCAGAAAUCUCAAAUACAGCGCUGCUUGCUUUUGCGUCCCAUGGCUUCGUUACAACAAGGAGAGCCAGCUCUGCUUGUGAAGAGGCUCGGGCAGAGACCGGACCACAAUGAAGAGCAGACCUUGCUGUGCGACUAUGUCGGCACUGUCUGGGAAACUCAAGCCCUCGAGGAGUCUGACUGGCGUUAUUCGCAGAUCAUCAUGGGAAGCAAGUUGGAAUCUGAUGAGUCGACGGAAUUGGAAGACUUUGACGAUGUGUCUUCCGAGUAUCCCAAGGAUUCCAUUUUCGACGAGAAAGUCGUUGUUGAUGUCGAAGACUGUGAGCCCCAACAAAAGCCUGAUCCUGCGGCCUGGCUUAGUUCCGAAAGUACACAUGACUACGACGAAUGGCUAGGGGGUGAUGAAAGUUUCUUGAGGGUCCUACAGUCAAGUUCUGUUGACGAAAGGUCGCUCCAGGAACAGCUAAUCGACUCAAUCGCGAAAGCAAACCAGAAGGCAGCUCAAUAUCUGCUCGAACUAUCCAAGGAUGAUCUCGACCCGGACCUGGCCGAUCAACUGCGACUGAAGGUGGACGAAGGCGAAGACGAAGUCAAGUUACACGCUAUCAUCAACGGUCUUUGGUCCCUUGGCGAUCACUAUCUGCGAGAGCGAGAAUGGAACAAGGCCGAGGAAGCAUACAACAGCGCUCUUGGUUUGUUUGAGAGUCUUACCGAGGACGAUGUGUCUUCCCAGGCUCGUUUGAUUCCUAGUUAUACCGGGGCGAUGCUGACCUAUCAACGCGGCCUGGUAUCGAUGUUAUCCGAGAACUCCUCUGACGCCGGGUCAUUCUUUACGAGGACUUUGGAGAUGAUGAAUGGGAGGACGAGAAGCCAGAAGCCUUUGAAUCAAAACGGAACGAGAUCCCAAGGGAGCGUUAAAAAAGAGGUGGUCAAGAACAAGCAGCAAGCCCGCGGUGACAGGCCUGAGGACAGGGACGGUGAUUAUUUCGUCAAACGCAGUGCCCUUGGCGCUCUCAUCUUGUUGUCCAUCGACCAGGAGAGCGGCGAUGACGAGUCACUCGACGAGCCAAGGGAAUAUUUCAUGAGAUCUCUCCGCUUUGCAGAAAGGGAUAGACUCAAAGGGAACGUCGCGAAGGCAAUCAUCGACUACAGCCUGGGGAUGCCUGAAGAUGACUCACCUAGCCCGGGUGAACAGGAAGCUGUUGACAUCGAGAAGACUCUCAGAAGCGCCCUCAAAAAGUUCGAUGUGCUAUUCCGGAAGAAGCACUUACUUUGCUGCGUCACUGCACUUUGCCUUGGUGUAACCCUACGUAUCAGGUCUCUUUCGGCGAGCGAUUCUGAGCAGGUACGCCUCUCAGAAGAUGCAAAAGAGCAUCUCGAGCGCGCUGCAGCCGACAUGAUGGAAAUGCUUCCAGACUUCUCAGAGGAAGAGGAAGAGAAUGACUCCGGGCGAGGAAUGAGAUUGUGCAGUAUUGCCCUUGCUCAUAAGCGGCUUUUAGAGAACGACGAUUGA